GAUCAGGCAGCCAUGAUUCUUGAGCAGGCAAAACAGAGCAACUCUAAGGAAUCUGUAAGGAAGAAGCGCCCAUUACUUGUGAAUGUUGGCCUUUGUCUGGCCCCUGAUGUUUUUCAGAUGGUUCUGGAUAGUGAAAACGAAGCCAAAGUCUCCAUAGGUAAAGGUAAUAAAGGGCGUUUAAGUCACGUAUGUAUGAGAGCACAGCAUCAUACAAAGUGUGUCUUGAAGACUGAAGGCCAUUUAAUGCGAACAGACAAUAAAAAUGAUGUUGAGAGGGCCAGACUCUGGGCAGAUUUAGCUAAAAUUGCUCGGAAACAGGAGGUCUGGGAUGUGUGU